AUGAUAAUAUUGAAAGUAAAACAUUUAUCAUUGAAAAUGUUAAUGCAAUUUCUUAAUGAAAUUGAAAAGGAACCAUUUGAUCCGGAUGAAUUUGUUGAAACUCUGGCAUGGAAAACUUUAAGCUUAGAUGCAAAUGGAAGUGAUUUAAAUACAUUUGACCCAGUGCUUUUACAAGAAACAUUUACAAAAGCAAUCAGAGAAUUAGAAACAUUGCAAGAAAAACAAAAAAAGAAAUGUGAGAAACUUGAAGCAAAAUUUCGAGAGGAAGAAGCAAACGAUUUGGAGAGAGUCGAGCAUCUCCAGGAAAGAAAUAAGGUUGCCAUUGAUUUGUUUCGAAAACUCGAUGAACAAAUUAAUUUUGUAGCUACCAAAGUUAUUCAUCUUGGGGAACAAUUAGAAAGUGUCAACAUUCCAAGAUCGAGAGCUGUUGAAGCCCAAAAAUUGAUGCAUUGUUUUGAAGAUUUUCAUAUAUCAUCAGCUGUUUUAGAUAAUGUAUUUUUGGAAAGAUCAAAAAUUGAUGAAGCGGCAGAUAUUAUACAAAAAUUAUAUUCGAUAGCCUUGGAACUUCCAGAAGAAAAAUUUGGAGAAACUAAAAGAAAGAUAAGUGCUAAAUAUGAUGAAAUAGAAAGGAAUUUAAUUGAAGAAUUUACAAAAGCUCACAGAGCACAAGAUUUAGGAAGAAUGAAAGAAAUUGCUAAUUGUAUGGUUCACUUCAAAGGAUAUGGUCAGUGUGUUGAUUCGUUCAUUGAAUACAGUCAAAUGAAAGCAUUCAGUGGAAACACAGUUUUUCAAGAAGUAAUACCACUUUGUGAAAAAAAUUAUAAAAUUAUUAAAGAAGUUUUUAAUAAUCCAGAACAAGUUAUGGCUAAAUUUGCUUUAAACAUAUACCAUUUAAAACUUCAAACAUACAUUUCUUCCAAAUUGGCUGAUAAAACGGAUACUGAAAAAUAUUUAAAAAAUCUUUAUGAUCUUUACACGAAUACUUUAAAAUUAUCUGAAGAAAUGGCUAAAUUUGAAAUGGGAAAUGAUAUUUCUUAUUUAAACAAAUUAACAAAAGGAGUUUUUCACAAACAUUUAGAUUUUUACAUGAGCAUGGAAGCUAAAUGUCUCGAAGAUAAAUGUAACGUUAUACUACGCCGUUAUUACGAAUCCAAGAAUCAUCAGAAAAAAGUUAUACAAACGGGAGGAUUUCAAGAUUUUCGAAGAGAUUUACAAGCUGCUAUAAUAGCAAGAACAAACAUAAAUAUAGCACAAAUAGAAGAUUACGGUGGGGAAACGUUUGUUUCGGAAGAAGUGGCCAUUGCUCUAUUACAAGAAAGUAAAACUUCUUUUCAAAGAUGUCAGUUGCUUUCUCAACCUGUUGAUUUACCGGGAAAUGCUCUUCAGAUAACAAACAUCCUAUUGAAAAAUUUAAUUACCGGUCACAUUGAUUACGCAUUAGAAUUGGGACUUCAAACAAUACCGAUACCAGAAACUAAAAAUUUUCCACAAAUUUAUUUUUUCGAUAUUGUUCGUAGGACUAAUGCAAUUAUUGUUUUGUUGGAAAAAUUGUUUAACGACAGCGUUCUUCCCUUAGUCGAGGGUACUCCCAAGCACAACGAUGCUCUCCUGAAGAAAAAAAGCAUGCUUGAAUUAGUAGAAAUGAAAUUGGACAUCGGUUUGGAUAGAUCUAUAAAUGCAAUUAUUGGUUGGGUUAAAAUAUAUUUACAAAACGAACAAAAGAAAACGGAUUUCAAACCGGAAACGGAUAAUUUAGAUACUUUGUCAUCACCGGCGUGUUUAAAUGUCGUCCAAUACAUUUCGAACGUGUCGCAAAAGAUCAAAGAAAGUUUGGACGAUAAAAAUUCGGAAUCCGUUUUGACAGAAUUAGGUACAAGGUUUCAUCGGGUCGUUUACGAACACCUACAACAAUAUCAAUUUAACACGGCGGGGGCGAUGUGUGCAAUUUGCGACGUUAACGAAUACCGGAAAUGCGUUAAAGAAUUUAAAAUUCCGCUGGUUAACACACUUUUCGAAACUCUUCACGCUCUUUGUAAUUUACUAUUAGUUAAACCGGAAAAUCUUAAACAAGUUUGUAACGGUGAUCAAUUGGUCGCGUUAGAAAGAUCCAUAUUGUUAAAUUUUAUACAACUGAGAAGCGAUUAUAAAAGUCAAAAAAUAUCCAAUUCAGUUAAAGGUUUAUCAUCAUAA